AUGAGUUAUGACGAUGACCUGGGGGCCCCUGUUUGGGAUGACGGUAAUGAGUCAUCGAAUUUGGAUAGCCACAACGAAUUGGCUAAAACGUUUGCUAGUUUACAUGCGAUCGAUCAAGAAGAUCAAGUGAAGACAGACGAAGAAGUAGAUUCGGAAUACCAGCAGGAGCCAUGGAGCAACGAAUCUGGUGAAAGGAAGACGCCAGUCGCUGAGAAAAAGGAUCUCAUGAUGUCACUAGCUCCCCAAGAAGAUCCCCUGGCGGGAAUCGCUGCCCCGGAUGCUACCCAACCAGAGGAGAUAGGCGAAUCUCUUUUUGGGGGUGCCAUCAAAUCUCCCUUGGAGGUAGUAGAAAAUGAUGCUGAGAAAAGUUCGCUGAGCAGCCAGCCUUCAGUAGUUUCACCGUCAAGAAAGUCUCACGCUCGCCCCAAAAAAUUGUUUUCUUCUGUGCGCCAACGCCGCCGUCCUUUGACGGAAGCACAGAAAGCUGACAUGUUUGAAGAUCCUCUGGCAUCAAAUGCUACAAACGACAAGAACGACGAUGAAUUUGUCGAGGAGUCCUUGGACUAUGAGAGUGCUCCUGGAAAAGAUAAAGUGGACCUGCUGCAGCAGAUGGACGGUCCACUGUUCAGGAUAUCCCCGCGUAAAAGUCUGAGCUCCACGCCAUCAGUGAAAAGGGUAAUGGGAGAAGAACCUGUAAUUGGAACCCGGCCGGAAGCAGCACCUGUACUGGACAAGUUCGAACCACCCAGCAAUAAAUAUACAAUUGAAGUGGUAGAUCCUCUGAAAAUAGGAGACCUCACAUUUGCUCACGUUGAAUACACCAUUUGGACCAGAUCUGAGAACCUAAAUCCUUCGGAAGUGCGCGUUCAGCGUCGUUAUCGUGACUUUAGAUGGCUUUAUAGACAAUUGCAAAAUAACCACUGGGGCAAAAUCAUCCCGCCUCCACCAGAGAAGCAAGCUGUGGGUAGAUUCAGAGAUGAUUUUGUUGAAGGCCGGAGGUUUCAAAUGGAGCGAAUGCUUGUAAAAAUUGCCCAAGACCGGGAGUUGCAGGACGACGAGGAUUUCAUCAUGUUUUUACAAAGUCAAAAUUUUAGCCAAGACUCCAAGGUUAGAGAAAAUUUGACAGGCUCUAACGCUUCAAGCGACAGUAAUGACAUAUCCGAAAUUCAUAUUAGCCUUAUUGAGCUUCUGGGAAGCGAAGAUGCCUCGAGCGUGAUGAGAAAUGGCGGACUUGAUGAGUCUCAAAAAGGGUUUAUGAACAUUUCGUUUGCAAGUCUUCCAAAGUACGUUGAAUCCGAUGCGUAUUUUGUGGAACAAAGACAUGCUGUCGAAACGCUAGAGGAACAACUUAAGCAACUUUGCAAAUCUCUAGAAAUUGUGGACACUCAGACAAAUGACCUGGCAUCUGUUAUGGAAGAGUUUUCUAACACUAUCAAGUCUCUUGAGGAGCUAGAGGUUUCUAAAAAAGGGUCGGAAACCUUGAAUAACUUUGCUGAGGUGCACAUGCGUAUAAAAGAAUCACUUCAGAGAAGUACAAUGCAAGAAUCUCUCACACUUGGCGUCACAAUCGAUGAGUAUAUGAGGUCCCUUGCUAGCGUUAGGGCCAUUUUUAAUCAGAGGUCUAAGCUGGGUUAUUUUUCUGUUGUCCUUGAAAAUGACCUUCUGAAGAAGCGCGCUCAACUUGACAGGAAUAGCCAUAAGGGUCCAUCGGAUAAAGUUGAUGCCUUGACAAAGGACCUACAAGUAUUGCAGGAAAGGCACUCCAAGAUUAAGAAACAGCUGCAAGAGGUGGGUGACAGAAUUCGAAGAGAGCUGCGCAAACACGAGCAUGAGAAAAUUGUCGACUUCCGAAACAGCAUUGAAAUUUUCUUAGAGUCCAGCAUAGAGACUCAAAAAGAAUGCAUUGAGCUAUGGGAAACUUUCUAUCAAAACAAUCUAUAG